CCUCCCCAUAGCCGAAAAGCAGAAGACUUUUCAGGAAAAAUAAAAGUAAAGAGACUUCUGUUGCGUUGCUUGACUUGAGUACCCAAGAUUGAACGGAACGGAAGCUGCACAACAUUGACCCGUCUCUCCGGAAUGUCCGCCCAAUUCUACCACCCCUCCGGCCACGGAAGUUCCUUGCCGGCCGGCCUCCUUUGCUUCCAUUCCAAUUGGAUCGAUCGAGCUCCCUCCGUCGACGUUCUUCUUCGCUCUGUCCCAGCAGGCCUUAACUUGAUCGAGCUCCCAUCCAUCGCUUGCGAUCGCGCCUCAGUUCCCUCCCACUCCCAGCCGGCCUGUCCACGCCUCGAUCGAUCUUCGUGUUCUUCUUCGCUCUGGGCUCAGCUCCAUGCAUCAGUCUCUUCCAGGUACGAGAGACGCUGAAGAUUCGCUUUAAUCCAACGCUGCAAUUCACAAGUUUUGCCGGCUUCUCAGUACUGCAAUUCACUGUGACUUGAUUUGGAGUUUUCUUGCUUGUAGAGGUUGUGACCGAGCAGCAGCUGCAUGCUCUUAAUCGAAGCCCCUGUUCAGUUGGUACAAGAUGGCCGUUUUAGGUGGUGAUCAGAAACAUAAACUUGGUGGUGGUGAUCAUUCGCGCCAACAGCUUGCAGCAGGACAACCGGGAAACCCCGAUGUGAAUUAUGAGAAGAGAAAUAGACAUUAUUCCCUUGAGGAGCACAUGGAAACUUUCAGCUCCAAUAGCUCAUCAAACAGCUACUUUGUGGCCAAUUGGCAGGCCAGCUCACCUUCUUCCACCGAACAGAUGCUUGGCCAUGGAGAUAAGCAGAGAAAUGGUUCCUCGCAGUCGCCUUUUCGCUCAGCGGUAUCGUCUCGAGAAGGAUCUUCCAGGCGUUUCACCGUGCCCUUUGUGAAGAAGAUUGACUGGGGAUCACUGUGGGACAAGUCCAAGGAGUGGAUCAGGAAUCCCAUGAACAUGGCUCUUUUCAUCUGGAUUGUCGCCGUCGGAGUUUCAGGGGCUAUCCUUUUCAUGGUGAUGACUGGGAUGCUGAACCGUGUCUUGCCAAGGAAGUCGCAGAGAGACACAUGGUUUGAAGUUAACAAUCAGAUCCUGAACGCACUGUUUACUCUCAUGUGCCUGUACCAACACCCAAGGAGAUUCUACCAUCUUGCGCUCUUGUGCCGGUGGAGAGCCGGCGAUAUGCUUCAGCUCCGACAGACGUACUGCAAAGAUGGAACUUGCAAGCCCGAUGAGAGGAUGCAUAUGAUGGUUGUCAUCCUGCUGCUUCACCUGAACUGCUUUGCUCAGUACGCGCUGUGUGGCCUUAACCUUGGUUACCCAAGAUGGAAGCGUCCUCCGAUCGGAGUCGGCCUGACCAUAUCGGUUGCGAUAUGCGCACCGGCUGUUGCUGGUCUGUACAAUAACCUCAGCCCUCUUGGGAAAGACUAUGAGGCCCAACCACAGGCAGACGAAGAGUCACAGAGCAACCCCAAUCCACAGCUCCAACGAAAAGCCCUUGGAAGGCGGUGCUCAUUUCAGCCAGGAGAAAGAGGAGAAGGAGAAGGCGGCGAGCGCAACCCGCAAUGGAUUGGAGGUCUGUUUGAUCUCUGGGAUGACAUCUCGCUAGCCUACCUCUCAGUGUUGUGCAGCUGCUGCGUGUUCGGGUGGAACAUGAGCAGGCUGGGCUUGGGCAACAUGUACGUCCACAUAGUGACGUUCAUCCUCUUCUGCCUGGCGCCCUUCUUCAUCUUCAACCUGGCGGCGAUCAACAUCGACAACGAGGCCGUCAGGGACGCGCUGGGGCUGGGAGGCAUCUUUCUCUGCGUCCUUGGCCUGCUCUACGGCGGUUUCUGGAGGAUCCAGAUGCGCAGAAGGUUCAACCUCCCUGCAAACGACGCCUGCUGCGGCAAGCCUGACCUCACGGACUGCCUGCAGUGGCUUUGCUGCUACUCGUGCUCUCUUGCUCAGGAAGUUCGCACAGGCGACGCCUAUGAGGUCGUGCAAGAUGGGCUGUACCGCCGCAGAGACGCAGACGGUGACAGUCCCAGCUCCUCUCACUCUCAGAUGCAUCACCAUCCGACUCUGCAGGAUGAGUUGUCGACGAUGCAACAGCCCCUCAGGUUUGCAGGUGUCUUUGCUCCGCCGCUUCCAGCAGCAGCAGCAGCAGCAAGAUCAGUGAAUGAUGGGGUCACCGUGCCCCCUUUAGCGUCAGUUAUAUAUAGGGACUGACAUUGGUUUCCACUCUAUUGUCGACAACACGGUCAUUCCAUAAUUCAUACUUGUAAUUUUACCCUGACCGUAUAUAUGUAGCAUGUGUCACCGUUUCAAUUUUUAGUACAAGCGAUCUGAUACCUA